AUGUCUACCCUUCGUCAGCUGAGCGAGAGCAGGGCCAUCCCGACCAGGACGGUGUUGAUCAACGACACAACGCAGCUACCUCAUGACUAUUGUACCACCCCUGGAGGCACUUUAUUUUCUACCACUCCCGGAGGUAUGAACGUUGUUUAUUCUCCUCGUUGAAUUGACAGUGAGCCAACUGUACUGUGUGAGCUCUUAGCAGACAUUUAGGGCUCGUGUCAGUGUGGCCUAGGCUGCCUUGUCAUCCUGAUCAAAACAAAAACAAAGCUUAGCCCCGCCCCCGUGGUGUCUGUCUGCUGUCUGAUUGGCUAAUUUGCAGCGCAGAGAUUCUAUUAUCUGUUAUUAUGACCAGUGCAUCGAUCAUUGCAAGCGACACCCUGUUUAAAAUAGAAACGGGAUAUUGAGUGAUGAAAAAAAAAUGCUUAUGUAUUCAGCUUUAUGUAAGACUGAUGUGAUACCGUACUAUUCUGAUGAUUCAUGUCUUAUUUGAACAGAAUCUGUACAAAAUGUCGUUCUCAUGAGGAUUUUGUUUUUUUUCCCCCACAUAAUAAAGUGAAUCUACACUUAAAGAACAUGCAAAUGUUUUAAAAAUGCGAACAAAUAGGAUAAAGAUCGUGGCUCAAGAUGUAUUUUUUGCCUUUCUAUAGUAAGACGAACUCUCAAAACCCUACAAGAUAUUCAGUUCCUUAUAAAGCAGGAGGAAAAUUGACACUUUUCUGAGAGAGAAUUAUCCAAAGCUUUUGCAAAAUCGUUAUUUUUAAAUUAAGUAGAUCUUUUUCUGUUGCUGCCCCGAAUUAUGGAAUGAGCUAUGCCUCCAAAUCAGACAAGCCCCCACACUGUCCAUUUUUAAAACUCGUCCGAAAACCCAUUGUUAUUCAUUGGCUUUCAUCCCUGCAUGAGACACCUGUUUUAGUGUUUUUUGUUUUUAAUUUUAGUUAUUUGUUUGUAUGUUUUCUAACUAUAUUUUACUUUUUCAUAUCUGGUUUAAUUUUUCUAUUGUUUUAAUUGUUUUUAUGUCUGUGUUGUUUUGUCUAUUUACUGUAUGUACAGCACUUUGUUCAGCUGUGGUUGUUUUAAAGUGCUUUACAAAUAAAGUUGUGUUGAGUUGAGUACGUUGAAUCAGCAGUACUGUAUAAUGUCAAUCUAUUCAGAUGAGUGUAGUCUGGGGCUAUCAUUUCAAAACAUAAAGCCAAAGCAGGUAGGUAUACACAUUUAAAUUGUCAAAGUUGAACAGCCAGAUGAUUUUUUGACCUGCCAAAUGUAGGCACCAUAUUUUCAUAUAAGUUUCUGCCAUUUGACUCGAGCCAAUAAUUUAAAUUUCAGAAGCAUUAUGUUUACAUAUUUUCUCUCAGGAGUGUUGUACAACCUGUUCUUGUGAGUGCAGCAUCUAACAACUUUGAGGAGGAAAUUCUUCAGAUUCAGUACAAAAAUCCUCCUACACUCAAGGAGGAACUAAUGGUGUUUAUUUUGUAAAAGGUCAAAGUGUUUUACCCCCAUCCUCAAGAGUGUUUUCUUUCAAGGUUAUCUUGGGACAUCUUGUAUCCAACACAGGCAUCUUGUGGCAGUAACUUAAAAAAUUACAAAUCUCUUGGGGAAUAAAUGAUACAAAUAAUUAUAUCUGUUAUGCAAAUGGUCUAAGGACAACUCCAGCAUGAUGUCAUGAUAUCCUUGAUCAGGAUAUUAAAAGAUUAAUAAGAGAGGCGGAUGUUUGUCAAAAGAGUGGCUGGAAUCUGGGUCAGCCUUUUGACUCGCAGUCAUUUGAUAACACCUCAGUGUCCUCAGAUGUAGCACGAGCAAUCAAAACUUCAUUCCUCUUGCAGGAACCCGGAUCAUCUAUGACCGUAAGUUCCUGCUGGACAGGCGUAACUCUCCCAUAGCCCAGACUCCCCCUGCUCACCUGCCUGUCAUCCCUGGAGUGACCAGUCAACAUGUCCUCAGUGAGAACCAGAAGAACGAAGCCAACAACCACAUCAACAACCAUGAUGGCAAGCCCACAACCGGUGAGACUUAGGCCGUUGCUUGAAUAACAAAUGUAUAAAGAAGCAUGUGUUUCCAAAAUAUAUGAAAAUUAUUCGCACUUGUGUCUACAUAUGAAAAGCGCAUCCUCUGUUAUCAUGAUGCCACUGUAUAACAAGAAAAAAAACUAACCCAGCAAUUUACAUAAAAAGAAAAACAAGCUGCACUAUAGUACGUAUUUAUUUUUAUUUUUACUGUAUCAACAUCAAUGCCUUGUAUUUUAUCUUUUCCUUUUGUAUUCCAGGUGAUGAUGCCCAGUUUGAAAUGGACAUCUAACUGACUGGAACCUCACCAGCAGAAGCAAAUGACCUGGCAUUACCCAUGCCAGAGGCUUGGCUUGUAGAAACCAAUGUUGUGAGCCCUCAUGGCAGCCAUCUUCUUUAGCUCUCUGUCUCGCUGCUGGAUGUGAUGUGUGUGUAAACUUCGGGGAAUUCAUCAUACAUACAGGUGCAACUCUGGAAGCCAGGUCUGUUUGUAUUGGCUUCCAUGGUUACCAGUCACUACCACUCAGCUAGGGAGAAGGCCUGAAAAUUAAUUACCCAGACACAUUUGGCCAAUUAGUACACUGUAGUGCUCAUCUUGCAGCUCUCUGUAAACCAGAAUAAAAAUCAGAGCACACUUUACAGCUGAUAAUAUUCGGAAAUGAAGGGAGGAAGUUUGUAAUAAGUGGUAACUUCUGGUACUGGCCUUAGAAUCAGUCAAAAGCUUUGAUAUUCAUCACAGUCUUUGGUUUGUAAGACCCUUGUGAGCAUGUUUAUUUAAGUGAUUUUGUUUUUGGAACUACUUGAAAAGCUCCACAAUCUAAUAUUGGUUGUUGGUCUGUUUAGUUUCCUGUGAUGAUCUGUAAAGGGAUGCUGUGUUGUUUUUAUUUUGCAAAAAGUUGAAGAUGUCAUGCCAUUCCAAGAUUUAAGUAUCCUGUACCAACACAAUUGGCAAUUUACAGGGGUGAAAUUUUCUCUAAAAUGAAGAAUGGGCUUUAAUUUAAAUUUUUUGUAAUAAUUGUGAUUGUAUUUCCGGAAAGCUGAUAAGCUUAUCUUGAAUCUGGCAAAUGUAAACAAGCUUUUCAUCAGAAAAAAAAUGACAUUUCAGUAUGGAAACAAUUCAACACUAUUGUGACCUUUUUAUGAAUCUAUUUACACAUUUCUCUCAUGCAAAGAACAGUUCAUUCUUUUUCGCUUCAGAUUUGAUGGUUACCUUUCUUUUGGCGAGAGAUUUGUUUUCAUAAUUCCAACGCAAAUUCCACAAGUACAUUGCAACAUCUGCCAGGUGUUUUUGAAUAUUCAGACCACAUAAACAUUUAGAAUAAUGUGGAAAUGGUUUAUAUCCCAAUACUAUUUUUUGGGAGGACAAGAUUUUGAAACUUGAAUAAAACCAGAUGUUUUAUAUGCAUUUUAUUUUUAAUACAGCUAGUAUUGAGGGUAUUUGUUUGGAUACAAGCACUGUCAGGCCUUUUGAUUUGUUACAAGUGUUAAGGAACUAGAAGAUAUUAUUUUAUUGAGGCUUGAUGGACGCUGACUCUUAAUCUACAAGUCUGUCCCCAGUGUCCUUAAUCCAUCAAACAUUACCUUUUUUGCUCAUGUGUCAUGCCUGCCCAUGCCUUACUUCACAUCAAUGCAGUACUAAGACCAGAGUCCUUGUCGUCAGUUUGUACUUUCCAACAGAUGUUUAUUUUUUCACUGCAACAUUGAACAAACAAAACUGUCCUCAGCAAGUGAGCAAAAGAAAAGCUUUUUGUUUUUAUUUCUUCAAAAAGCAGCUGUGAAGUUUGAAAGUAGGAUGGAGAACACGUCAUGUUUUGAUGAUCAAGUUCAGAUGGUAAUGUGGUGAAGAGUGCCACAUGUUCUAGCAGUCCCAGUAAUUUGUUGGGAGUUUUUAACACCACAAUCCUCUGCUAGUUAUUCUCAGACCAAGAAAGAGCUCUGAACUGGGCAAAUGAAUCACCAUGAAUUUCCUGUUUUUCAUUCGUAUGACUGGAACCACUGAAUGGCUGACAUGAUGUAUAUCAAAGAUUUUCUUUUUUCUUUUUGGCUUUGUAAUUAAUUCUGGCCAUGUGUGCUGACCAACAUUUUGAGGGGUUGCUUUGAACCCAUUUUUGCAUUGCACAUUUUUAAGCGGUAAAGCUCUUUCUAUUGGGCAUCAUAAUUCAGAUUGCAGAUUUAUUUCAAAUCAGUUUGGUUUGACAAUGAGGGCUUAACAUUGUGUGCUGAAAGAGAUUUGAAACAAACUUACUGUAACUUUCUGUUCUGAUUUUGAAUAACUUUAUUUCAGAUGAAACUGCAAUGCCACUGGACAUUGUUGCUGCAAGAUCAAUAAAGUUCCGUAACAAACAAAAUGACGUGUUUUUAAUGCUUGUAUGGAGUUUUAAAACUGCUUGAAUUGUCAUAUUCUUGCUAUAACUUACAUGUGCACUAAUUUAAUCUGUGCAAAAAAGUGAAAUCUAUAUAAGGCUACCAAAUGUGAAACUCACAAAUCAAAACCCCUGUGUAUAUUUUGUGAAAACGCCAUGUUAUUUUAUCAUAUUUAGGAAUCACAUACUGUAUUUUUCCAUAAACCACUGAUGCCUUGCUCAGAAAAGUCAGCAGCUAUGUAAAGAUUACUAGACUCCAAAGGCCUCCAAUCUGUCAGGCAGAGCCAGCCCAAGCCUCAAUGGGGCCCUCUAUUUCUGCCAAUAAUAUUGAUUGUUGAUCAUUCACACACCUUCACAAAUCUCUUUGAUAAACAUUCCAUGACAUGCAAACAUGACUUUAUCUUUGCGUUUUUCUCUUCUUCCUCUUUCUUUUCUCUGCUCCUGAAGGAUAUGUCCUUUUUUGCAACAUUGUUUUGCCCCACAACUACCUGCGCUUCGGAUGCUCAGUGCACAUUGCACAGCAGAAGGCACAAAAAGCAAGAAUGGCACAAAACAUUUUUACUUUAUUUUAUUUUUACAAUAAUAUAUAUUUGAUCAUACAGAAAGCAUCACUCACACAUGCAAAAAAUAAAAAAAAAUAUUGUUAUAUUGUUGUUGUGUUUUUUGUUUAAGCAGGCACUCAGUGCGCUUGUGCCUUGGGCCAUCAGGCUCUCUUGUUAUUUUGGUCCGGAUAACAUCAUUAAAUUCAGGAUAUUUACACCACCUUAAGCAUUAAAACAGCUUUCUUUAGGAGCGACAUUGAUCAUUUUGAAGUUUUAGUUCCUUGGUUAUUGAGCAUAUGGGGCAUAAUGUGUUGGUGAUAUCUUGUGGACUACAGUGGAACUGCCAGGUAGAAGGACUGACAUAACAAAUGUCACUUAAAUAGUUAAGAAUUCACUCAAAACAGAGUUGAUACGGUCUGAAAUUAGUUACGUUUAUCGGCUGAAAUGGCUUUACGCAUAAGCGCAAAAGCAGUUUUUGGUGGGGAUAAGGUCUGACUUUUUGUGGGCCCCAAGAGCCUUAAGCUGGACUUUACAGGUUGGCUGUACUUGUAACGCUAAAGAAGGAAAAAAUCAUGUAGUUGCACUCACACAAUUUUAACGAUAAAACAAAUUUCGCAUCGUUUUUGAUAUUUUUGAACGUUUUUUUAAAUCAGGCGAUAGUGUAACUCACCCGCGGAUUUUAGAGCAGGCAUUAAUCCGGGCACCUACGGGUCCUUCCUCCUUUUCUACGUCCCUGAGCAAGGCCGGCGUCAAAAUGGUGAGUGUCGAGAGAAAUUUUCGAGUAAAAUCCCUUCAUCAUCGAAGCCAUCCUUACACCGAUACUCAACACACGGCAUUAAAGUUAUGGCUUAUACCUGUGACAUACGACAAUGUUGAUAUUACUGCGAAAAUUAAACAUAUGAGCACAAACUCAGCUGCACCAUCCUAAUGCUAAGUUCCCUCACUGUUUUCCAUCCGGACGUUUCCCACACUAUUUCUCUUAAGAGAGUGAAUUCAGCGGCUGUCACCCCAAACUUCUCACUGAUUAAACUUUUUAUAUUGGCGUAUCUUUCUUAUACGUGUAGUAGUGUUGGUAGUUUAAUAAAGCGACAGUAAACUACCAGUUGUAGCCUUAGUGGCUAACGUUAGCAUGCACUGCAGUGAUAGGCAUGACAGGACCGUCAUUUUAAGAGAAACAAAGGUAUUUUAUAACAGCUUAGGGGUUUUUGUUAGGAAACGGGAUGCAUUUAAGGCAAAUCAGUGAAUGUUAAAAAGUUGAACAGUAUGAAUUAGUAGGUUUACAGAGAAGUUGACAGAAGGUACCUGCUGCAUCUGUUUGUGCUCUCAGUGUCGCGACAAGACAUAAAUUAUUGUAGAUUAAAGCUCCUCAUAGGAGUUUCUGUUAGUUACAACAGAUUGAAAUCAAUACUUCUGCUUAAUUAUGUCAUUAUACGGCGAAGACCAGUAGUGAUAAAGUUAAUUACUUAUAUUUAGUUAUAUGCCAUGUAGGGCUGGACGAUAUGGGAGAAAGUUUAUCAUGAUAUGUAUUUUUUUUCAUAUCAGUCGAUAUUGAUAUAUAUCCUGAGAUAAAAUAUGAAAGUUAAACAGUGCUCACUGGUAGCAUGUCUUUUGCAAUACAAUAAGCGACUGCAUCUGUGAGGUCUUUGUGUCUCUUCUACGUUUUGUUGUACGGCGUUGUGCGAGAGAAAGCAGACUGAAUGGGCUCCUUGCUCCGCUUGGGGUUUGUAACCUUUUGCGUUGUGUGUGCUCUGCCGUGUGGCGCUGCUUCAGGUGGUGAAAAAGAUUUGAGGUAUUCACUGACUUUGCGAGAACGUGUACUCGACAUAAUUUUAAGUACACAUCACUCUGCUUCAUGGCCGACCUCGUAAAACCAAAAAUACCUCCAAACCACCGACGUUAUCGUGUCAGUGUUGCUCAUGUAGUUGUUCUCUACUUGGUUCUAGUUCAGCACAUGAUUGGUAUUUGUAUUCGUAUAGUCUACCAAAACAUGGCAAACUGCAAUUAUUAGUGAAAAGAAUAUUGACCAUGUUUUAUAUUGAUAUUGAGGGAAAUUAGUUUUUCGAUAUAUCAUUAUUGUUUUGUCGCCCAGCCCUAAUGCCAUGUCUUGAUUUUUAGGUAGGGUCUGAGUCAAGUUGAUCAACUGCAACAGUCACUUAUUACAUUUUCCAUGGCAGAGAUUUCCAAUAAAUUACAUACUUAAGUGUGAAAGAGAUACAGAUACUGCUCUGUCCUCAGGAGGUACCAAAAUCAAAACAAAUUGAAAGUUCCUCACUAGAGCUUUAAACAGUUGUUGAAUCAUUGUCUGGGAAUAAUCAUUAUGUUCAAUUCUGUCUCCUCUCCAGAAUGACACAGUGACAGUCAGGACCCGCAAGUUCAUGACGAACCGACUGCUUCAGAGGAAGCAAAUGGUAAGUUCAGUUUUAAUUGAUGCCACAGAUGAUGAGCUGAGCUUUCAAACAAACGUUCAUGUAUUAAAAGUAUUUUUGUUUUUUCCUUCUGUGUAGGUCGUCGACGUCCUGCAUCCUGGCAAGGCCACAGUCCCCAAGACUGAAAUCAGGGAAAAGCUCGCCAAGAUGUACAAGACCACCCCUGAUGUUGUGUUCGUGUUUGGCUUCAGGACUCAGUUUGGUGGCGGCAAGACAACAGGCUUCGCCAUGGUCUACGACUCUCUAGACUAUGCUAAGAAGAACGAACCCAAGCACAGACUGGCCAGGGUGAGUUUGAAACAACCUGCUUUUAUCUGACACGUCGAAAUUUUUUGUCAAGAGCUGGUAUCCUUUGUCUAGCACACCUCUCACAUAUGCUACAGCAGAAAGCAGCUGUGUUUUCACUUUUAUGGAUAACUUUUUGACUUGACAGCCAUUGCAGAUGCUGUAGAUACCCCUUUAUCCUUACACGUGUCAAUUACUGGAAUUUAGCUAUUUGGGUUGUAGUUGUGUGGAGCAAAGCAUCACCUCAUAGUUAUAGAAACUGGUUUAUGAGUGUGAUUAUUAUUCUGAAGAGGUUGUGUGCUGUUUCAAAUUCUCUGUUUUACAAGUCAACGCUCAUUUCCCUCUUUUUAUUUUUUUUUUCUCAGCACGGUCUCUAUGAGAAAAAGAAGACCUCAAGAAAACAGCGCAAGGAACGCAAGAACAGAAUGAAGAAAGUACGAGGCAUCAAGAAGGCCUCCGUGGGCGCUGCUGGCAAAAAGGUAACAUAACUGCCUCCUAGACUCUAACCCAGGCCGAUGUAACAGAUACAUUCUUGUUUACCUUUGGACCUGUUCACAAACUUCAAUAUUUCUGUGUUUUGAUUUGUUUAUUUAUUCCUUAUCAAAGAGACAGCAGCAGGUUUAAGUGGAGGCGACAUUAAUCCAGUGCUCUUUACUCUCUUGAUUUUCAUUGCAUAAAUAUUUUUUUCCCUUCCUGCUAAUCUUUGUUUUUCACAACUCUUCCACUCCUUUGGUUUCUUUUGUCAUCUUUCCGAUCGUAUCUAAUGUUCUUCGGGAACUGUAGAAGGUAAAUGUUGUUCAUAAAUAGACUAACUGCAGUGUGAGGAUAAUCCAGGAGUGUUAGAUUUUAUCUAACUCCUUCCUUUACACCCUCACCUACCUACCUACAUGAGAGACAGAGUGUUGAUGCUUCUCCCCCUGGUUGUAUGCGAUGCAUCCAUGAUGCAUUGAAAGUGAGAGGUUCUCCCUCUGGUUAAAACCCACUUGGUGAUCCCUUUUCUAAAUACUACUAAUGUUCCCGCCUGAACUGAAAAGUAUUACAGACCCUGUUUAACAGUGUGUUAAGACCCUGCAGCUCACCAAAGAAAAUACUUUGAAGGCAACUAAUGUGUGACAUCUUCUGAUUUAGUUUUUCCUUACUUAAUAUCAGGUUACUUCUCUAAGGCACAUGAGCCUGAAGUCACCUGGAGUACAUCUCUGUAUUUUAAAACACUGCUGCAGUGGGUAAUAAAUACCUUGAUGUCUAGUUUAGGGUGCCAUAAAAAGACCUCCAAAGGUUGACACUGGCAGUUUGGGUUGUCAUACGAUUAGUUUAGGGUUCACCCUGCGCAAAUCCAUCAACUUUCAACCUAUUAAUUUUGUUUCAUCUUUUGUUCUUGGUUUUGCUUUCCAUGGAUUUCUUUUGCAGAAAUGAGGUAUCAGUGUGCAGGUAUAGCAGCAGAAAAAAGCAUGGUGUGCCAUUGUGUGUGCACAUCAUAAGCUGAUAGACUCGAGCUGUGCCAUGCAUGUCACGCCUAACUUCACCCUGCAGUUUUCCUUACAGUGACCCCCUCCCCCCUCUUUCCUAUGUUGUGUUCAGACUUCAUGCUUAUAGGUUUUCCCUUUACCUCAGUAAAGUCCUUAAUCUACUUCUCCUGCCCACUCUGGCUUAUAUUUACACAUAAGAGUGCUUCAAAAUGCUUUAAGAUAAAGUAGUUUAUAGAGGCAGAAUUUGGUUGAAGCAUGUGGUGUGGAUCUUAUUUUUGCUAAGUGUGUUGGGUGUGGGGCAGCUGAGCUAUAAGCCUACCAGUUUGAGUUUUGUAUUGAAAUCUAAUACAGUAAAAUUUUGUAAUUUCAAGCUUAUUUGUAGGAAAUGAUGUUGUCUUAUUGAACCUGAAUUUGCAGUCCUAAACCUAAUAUAACUGAUUUAGCUGGAGAAUUUGUAAUCUGAAUCUGUAUUAAUGUGAUUCCUGUCGCCCUACAGUGAGCCUGGACAGCCUGGGAGGGUCUCCGUGCUCAAGAUGUUCUUGUAUAUUGUCAUCAAAUAAAAUUUGGAAAAAACGGAAAAAAAUUGUGAAACCUUUUAAUUUUUUCAACUCCCUUCUCUCUCAAUUUAAGGUCAGGGUAAAAACAAGGUGUUCAGAUGUCGUAUGACACAGGUUUUGUAGAGGUGGGAAUGUUCUCUGUUGUUCUCCAUGAUGCUUUAUACAGACUUAGAGAGAUAGAAUAGGAAGUUAAGCUUUCAAACCACUAGCAGAGGUAAUAGUCAGAUACACUUGUGUGUAAGCCGGUUAAUAGGCAUGACAUAACAGGAGUUAUGUGAGUGAUAUGGCUUUGCCUUUGCGACUGUUAACAUGCUUAGUUCGUCAGUACACAGUACAGUGGUGUUCACUCAUUCAUAAUUGGUAUAUUACAGCACAGCUUGACAGUACUGGCAGAUAAUGGCUUGAAAAAGUGAUCUGGCAGAUUUGUUAUUUUCUUCGUAAACAUACACAGCUGAUACAGUAACCAGACCACACAAUGAUAGCUGAUGUGCCACAGCAGUGAAAGUCAACAUGUUAGCUGAAUGGAAGUAUUUUUAAGUAUCUGAAACAGAUGUCAGACACGAAAUUUAUGAUUAAAUCCAAUUUUCAUCGUUUUUAACUCAAUAUUUUUAUUAGUUUUAUACAGAAUAUACAAAGAAACACAUCACAAACUCCCCCUUUCCCUCAAAACCCCGUCUACUGCUGGAUAUUUCUAUUACUGUGCUUAAGUAACAACUUCUGGAGCUAUAACAAAGAUAAAGAAUAAAAAGUAAAUAAAAAAAUACAAGUGCUGGAAGGCAAUGACAGAAAAUUCAAAAAGUCCUGGGGACCUUUCCAAACCAACCAGACCAAAUUCGGAAACUCAUCAUUUCGAAUUAGCACUCUCCUCUUCUAGUUGUUUUCUUUUUGGAAUAUCUUUCUCUGAAGUUUUAUCAUACAAUUAAAAUUCUUAUCUCUUUUAUGGACUUUUUCAGUUUUCAGCGGCUGGUCUAUAUUUGUAUUUCUCUUAACACACAGUAGUUCAUUUAACUUGUUCUCUUUUUACUUUUUAUUCCUCAACAUCUUGUGUAUUUCAAGAUCCGAAAAACCUGUAUCCCAAUUUUCAUCUUUUACCUUCCUGAAACUAAAGACUAUCAAUGUGAGAGCAACAAGUCCACUUCAGGUCAUGAAAGACUUGGUGUUAUUUCCAAGGAAAAGUGAGGUUAGCUGUGCUGUAUAUUUGAUUGUGUCAGCUAACAUGAGUUUAAAAUCUAUUUUAUGCAUCCCUGAAACGUAUUUACAGUGUUGUCGUUAAAUCUGUAUUACAAGGGAUUAUGGGUUGUGUUUAUAUGCUGCCAAGAGCUGUUGCUUAAGAAGUCAAUCUCCUUUUUUGGCACUUUAAGAUCUGCCUCUUUGUUUAAUUUCUAAAGUAUCUGGUGUGAUUUCUAGCUCUUCAUAUACAUAUCAGGAGAUUUUAUUUUGAGUUUGAAGUUGAUCACUAUUUCCGUACACUCAACCACAAUCAUGAGGAAGAUGCUGACCUGAAUGCUUAUAUUCGUUUUGGGCUUCUUGUUUUCUUGGACUAGUUUAAAGAAGCUCGUAACAUUCAGUGGUUUUGCUAUGACAGCUCUCAAAGCAGACACAAAGCUUGUUUUAUUUUCAACCUGUCUCAUAUUUAUUUUCUAACUAAACUGGAUUUUAAAAUUAGCUACAGUUAAAGAUACACUGAAGUAUUUUAGAAACAGUUUCCACUUGUCUCUACAUCUGCAGCAUUUUAUGUAUUUGAGUAUCUCAGAAAGAUGUAGCUGUAGUAGCUUGAAUGACCACAUGAGGGCUCCCUUUGUCAAAGAAACAAAAACAAAUGCCACUCCGACUCCUUCCCUUAAGAGUUUACCUGCUGGAUAAAAUACACACCCUUAGCUCAUCCUGGGGGUGGACUCUGAUAGCUUAACUCUGCAGCCCAGAUUCACCAUUCUUCUGCACUCUGCCUCUCCCUGUUUAUAAACACCAUUUGGAUCAGAAUAGAUACUCCUUUUGCUGCGUGACCUUUUCAGUUCAUUUGCAUAGAAAUAUCCUGAGAGUGUGUAAAUGAAGUGAUUAAAAUGCCGGGGAAUGGACUGUCCUCAGGGCAACCCCUCCCCCCCAACCCACCCUAUUGCUUCCUCCCAGUGUUCCCUGCUCUUGAUUGUAUAUUAAUAUUAUCUUAAAACAGAAUUUCCCAUUAAUUUGACUUUUUAUACAGAGAAAAAACAAAAGUUCUGAUUUGAUUUAUGAACGUGACCCUUCACUUUUUGCAAAACCUCACCCUGGUGCGUUUUCCCAUAUGCCAGAAGUUAAUACAGAACAUGCAUGUGAAGGAUCACACUAAACCCGUCCGUUAUACACAUAGUAGAUCAUAUUUCGGCCCUACAAUCUGACACAUUUUCACGCCCUUAGAAAGUGUUGAAUGUAGGCCAGACGUUUCUCCGUAGUGCACACACUACCAGGAAUAAAACGGGGAAAACAGUAGCUCAGAGGCACUUCCACUGACACAUUUUGAGUUGCGGGCUCUUCUUUCCCUGUAAAAAGGACUAUAUUUAUACCCAACAUCCCUCGUGGGCUUUUCUUCAAUCGAUGCCAAGAUUAAACACUGACAGUUUAUCAAGAUGAUUUGGACUCCAACAAACACAACACAAGACGGGAGUUACUGUAUCAAAACCCCCAUUGAUUCAGUGGACAGAGAACUGUUGUGGAGGUGAAUCUAAUACAAGAAAAUCCAUUUUUAUGCAGAGUGCGGGAACACAGAACAUGUUGGAGGCCAAAUAAUUGGACUUUAUUUUCCCCUCAACAGAAUCUAAAACCCACUAUGACCCAGAAAAGCGCUGGCAGCUUCAUUUAUCUCAGCUAAAGCGUGUGUUAGUGCCACUGCAGAGUGUGAGAGUAGGUGGGUGACUGUUGCUUAGGUGUGGAGGAGAAAAGAAGGUGCCAGCGACAGAAAAAGAAAAGGCAGUGGGGUCUCUAACAGCUCGGUGAUGCUCCGCUGGUGUGUGGUUGUGGGAGGUUUGACAUAAGUGGAGCUUUCAACCCAGGGACUGGGAACAGAUGGUGUUGGGAAAUUAAGCUCCUCUCUCUGCAGCCCUGUCGGUCCGUCCCAGGAGUCUCUGCCUCUCCGUCUUUGUCUCUUUUCCUCUCCAUCCCUGUCUUCUGUCUGUGUCCCUUCACUCAUUCUUCCUGCUCCUGUUUCUUAUCAUCUGGCCUCUUCUUGUUUCAGUUAAAUCAGCUUCCCACUUGUUUUUGUGAAAGCAGGAAAGGAGGGUGACACAAGUAGGAUGGUUAGCAGUCCAAUCGCAACACACGAGGUCUUAUUUAGGGAAAAUAAUGGAAUAGAAAAGAGAAUGAGAUUGUUGAUAAUGUGAUUGGCCGUGAGUUUAAGGGCGGAGAAGAACACAAUAGCUCUGCAUGAUUGAAAAAACCUGUAAUGUGCAAUUGAAGUAUUUCAUUUUUUUCUUAAAUUACCUCUUUGUCAUGGAAUAUCUCCAUCAAAGCUCCGUUAGAAGUUUUUAUCUGCUUGGGAAAGAGACUGAAGUAAUAUUCGGGCUUCUUUGUGAGUUAUAAAUGCAAACAAGACCGUCAGCGACAAGAUAGGUUAUGUCUGAAUUGUUAUUCGUAAUGCCUCAGCUCAAUAUGUUUGUAUUUAUUUUCCACAGAAAAGAUCCCUAGACUGCUAAAAUUAAUGGUAUGGUACAGAUUAGAGUAGAUGUAGUGUCAGUUUCAUGUGCUAAAGAUGUACAGGGAUCCUAAUUGUACCAAAUAAAACCAAGACCAAAACCAUUUCCUUUAUGUCAGGAAAGGUUGUCAUCAGAAUAUUCCUCUGCUUUCUUGCACAAAAAGGCGUUUUUUUGCUUUGCAGAGAUAGAUGGUUACGAAGAACACAUGUUUACACCCUCACAACAGGUGCGGUUUUAAUGGCUUUGUCUCUCCCCAUGUAGAGAUUUGCAGAGAAGAAAAUGAACUGAAUUUCUGAUGACUCACUGUGUGUGUUUAUGCCAGCAGACAUCAAUCGCUGCGAAAGAUGUCAAAGACAAUGUCCUCGCUGUUCUCCAGUCAUAACAGUGUGUAAACCGGGUCAUUUAUGGGGAACAACUGGACACCAUAAAGUGAUACAUAUUUCUUCGUCUUUCAUGUUUUCAGUUCUUUCAAAUGUUGGUGCAUGAUAACAAAGCUGGCCUGUCUUUGUUUUGCAGCCAUCUGCUUCAAACUGUAUGUUUACAAUGACACUGUGAUCAUUUCUGCAAGGGGCAACUUAGUGCUGUAAAGAGUGGCUGGGCAUUCGAGGAUGCGAUGCAUCUUAAUGAGGUAUGUGUCUCUUGUUGGCCUCAGCAGGGGAAUCAUCACAGCUCAUUUUGCAGUCCUGCAGUGUCCUAUCAGCUUUGGCAGCCUGCACUAAGUUCACUCCAUCUGCCAGUUGCUAGGUGCUGAUAUAUAAAAUGAUCUGUGCCUCGGUAGCCCCUGAGCACCAGGGAAGUGAUUUGCUUUUGAGGACAAACUGUGUUUCCUGAAUCCUAAUUAUCCUUUUUGCAUCACGAGCCUGACGUGGUUUUGUCAUUUAUCCCUCUCUGGAAGCAGCAGAAGAGGGAAAAAAAGCGACAAAACCAGCAGGGACUGCAGCAAAACUACAUCUGCCAAAACAGACAGAGCUCCCAUGGAUAUACUGUAAAGUCUCUGAAAUGCAUCAAUUGUAUUUUCCAUCAAUCCAUUUUCGCAGGUUCAGGCAGAGGUAGAAAAAAAAUGAUUCCUGCUGUCUAAUUCUGGCACUCUAACUGCUGUGCACACACAUGUGGAAAAUUACUUCUCAGUUUCAAUCAUGUGAGGUGUAUUGAAACCACUCUGAGGUAUUUUUUCAGACUGCGAACACGCUGUCUGAGGCUCAGAGGACAUCGGACUGGUGUGAAAGCAUGUCAGCCCACCUGCCACCUACGUCCACAGGAAUUUUGUUCAUUUUUGUUGGCAGAGAAGGAUAGUCUGCAGAGCAGGAAGAAAAGGGAGCAGGGGAAUAAUGUGGCUGGUUGUACAGGAGGAGAAAAAAAAGGGGCUCUGCUGAAGGGGAGGUAAAGGAGAGAGGGAGAAUCAGGAGGGUGCUGUAAUGAGAAAGGGCAGCAGAUGUGAGUGACAGUAUGAUGGAAUGCUCUGUGUGGUGACCAUGCUGUACUCUGCAGACUGAGGUGUGUGUGUGUGCAUUCACUGUGGAAGAGUGUGUGCAUGUGUGUCCUUGGGUUUUAGAGAAAGGAUACUUCAUUUGAGCUUAUCAGGUUUUGCGCUAAAAUAUGGUCGUACCCCACACCCCUCUUCAUGAACCAAGCUAUUCAUCAUGCUCCAUCACUUAGGUAAUUAAGCUGAAUUAUACCAUGAUGCUCUAUAAAAACAAGCAUUACUGCUCCCAAGUUGUAAUAGCAGACAAAUAUAUUAGCACUGCAGCUGUGGCAAAGCCUUUACUGCCUUACUGUAUUCUUCCCAUAAAUCCAAAAUUUUAUUUAUUGAACCAUUUACUUUCUUGUCAAGAAGCAGGUAAAGAAAUUAUCACCAUUCUCCCGACUGCACAUAAACAAUAUUAACAAGCCAAUAGAGCCUGACAUAACAAGUGCAAGCAGUUAACAGCCAUAGCUUAGCGUAAAAUAGUUAAAAAGUGAAGUUAUUUCAUUGUUUGCGUUGGUUUGUGGUGGUUUGCUGCCAUCUAGCGGCCCUUUCUAGACAUCCUCCUCCUCCUUGCUCGGUCACAUGCUGUCAUGGAGCACACAGUGAGGAAAGUUUAGCUGGGUGACACAGCUCAAGAAAGAACAUUUAUGAUCAUUAUCAUAUCCUUGAAAUAAUAAUCACCAUAUUAAUCAUUUUGCACUGCAGACGUGGUAGUUCUUCUGCCUUAGCGUCUCCGUCUAAUUGCGUUUCCAUUAAGAAAUGAUCAUAAAUGUUCUUCCUUGAGCUGCGUCACCCCGCAGCAGUCUGUAAUGGACUGGCCAGAGGUCUCGCUACUAACAAGCGGCUGCUGGAAGAGAGUAGGUGAGUUGUGUUUAGUCUCUUUGCUAAUGAAAUUAGGCAAAGUUAAAAAGAUGUUUGGUGGCUAGUACCAUGGCUGGGACCCUAUAUGUACUGUUGAUGAAGUUAGGUGCUGUUCUGAGCAUUAUUUGUAGCUAUAGAGUGGCGUUUUGGUUGAGUGUGUGGCUCUCUGUAUUGCUAGCGUGCGGUCAUUACUAAAGUUGGUAAAACUAUAGAAGCAAGCGGCAAUAUUCAUCUCUUGAGGGGGUGUCUAACUUGGUGUUACAGUGUGUUUGACCCCCAACUUAAUUUUACACUGAAAUAUCCCUUUAAUGGUUAUGAACUUAGUACAGUAUGAACAUUUAUGAAAUGGAAGAUUGAGGACAUUUCGGCUAACGUCCUCUGCUAGCUAACAUGACCAGCAGUAGCUAACCCUCUCACUCUGUUACCAAUGUAGCUCAUAGCCAUUAGCAGUGUAUUUGGAUAGAGCUGUUUAUAAUAUCUACUCUUGUGUUUCCUGGUAAAUCUGUACUACUGAUUUGGCUUAUUUUCUCAUAAUGUCACAGUUAGAAUCACACAUCAAAACAGAAGAAACUAUUGAGCAAAAGUACUCCCUGUCUUCAAGUCUCAUACAAAGCAGAUUGAGUGUAGCGUCAUAAUAAACCUGAAUACAACCUAAUGGUAAAAUAAACUUCUAUAACUCUGCUAAAGAAAGAAAGAGUGUUCAUUAUAUCUCAGUCCCAAUCUACAAAUGUUAGUUAUAGCUUCAUCUAAAGACUUAAAGUGACAUUUAUUUGAAUCAAGCAGAGGAGAAAAGAGACAAAAUAUGAAGAUCUAAGUGAAAUAACAUCCCACAAACUCUAAACAGUUUCUAACUCCUCCUUAUUCUAGAGACAUUAACUUCAAUAUGGACAAAUUUAUAGAUUCAAUUUGUGAACAAAACACUCCCUGGAGAAAAGCCUGGUUCAUCUUUUCAAUCAAUGAAGCAAAUUUGUGUUUGGGCUUUAUGUUGCAUGAUGUAGCAUCCAAAGUAACAAUAUGACUGUAUUACAUGGUUUUCCAAUAGUGGUCUAAAACCAAAUUGUCUCUGUCUCUCAUGGUUGCAUUGCAAUUUGAUGUAGUCUCUCUAUAUCACGGAGGAACACGGUCAGAUUAUAAUGGACUUCAUUGCGAUUGAGGGUGGGACGGGGUUGUGUUUGGGCUGCGCGCAGCUCUUGGCUGUCUGUACGACUGAGUUACUCUGCCAUUUUUCAGCCCGUGCACAUUCCUCCACUCAUUGGUAUUCCUGUUCAUAUUACCCUCUUCAAUCAGCGGCGGAGAAGCUCUGAUUAAUGGCAACAGUGAGAGCAAUCUCCCAGUGAUUCAUUAAACAGGACUGGCAUGAAUAAAAAGAGAGAUUUGCUCAUAUUGCCUCUCAGAUCCCAUAAUAUGUUCUGUCGCUGGAGAAAUGCAUAAUUCAUGGUGUUGUUAGUGACUCUCAACAUACCCACACAUGCAGUAGAGCCAAAGCUGUAUGAAGUGAAUGAAAAAGUUAAAUCACUCAUCAUCCUUAUAUCAUAUCAUAGUUGGAAUAAUUGAAGUACCCUGCUUAAGUUCAGCACUCCAAAUUUACCCAGCAGUCUUUUAAUGCUUGUUCAAGCCGUUGAAAUGGACAGAUCUUAUGACUGUAAAUUAUUAUCCCAAAUCUGAGCAUGUCUCUUUAGAAAUAGAAACUCACCCAGCACAGGAGACGACAUAUUUAGUCUGAUCUAUUACCUUUAUUAUAUGUGAUAUUUUAUUAGUAAACAACAUAAACCACUCUGCUUUAACCUCUGCUACAAGCCAUGUGAACAUUUCCUACUUCAGCUUCAGACGUUUCUUGGUUUGUGGUACAAAAUAGUGGAUAUAAAGUAAUCUUAAUUUUCAUGACUCAAUGACUGUAAAACUUUACAACAUUACACAUUGUACUAAAAAUUAAUGUAGUCAAGUUGCUUAACAGUCAAUCAUACUUUUCUUGUUCUUUUACCCAUAAAAAUAGCUUUUAAAAACGUCCAGUUUGAGUGUUUUUUUAAUGGUGCCUCAUUUUUCUUCCUUUUACGUAUGAGGCUUAGUGAGGCAUUUUUGUGACCACAAAGCCACGUUUUACAGCAAUGUUUUGCGUCAUUUAAAAUAAAUUUGGGAUAAUUUCAUUUUAAUUUUGUACCAAAAGCAAAAACUCACUUUGCAAAACAAUAUUUAGUAUUUUGGUUUUGGCUGGUUUAGCUCAGUUUGCUUGAGCAGGCGCCCCAUAUACAGAGGCAACAGUCUGAGUGACUGAGAUUCUCAGUUCAAACCAUAGACUGUAUAUAGAAUAGACGCCCUCUGCCUCCUCGCUGGGUGAAGUCACUCUGAGAACAGCACCCUCUGGUGACGGGCUGCAGUAUAGGUCAUACAUCCCGCCUCUGCCAGCCAUCCUUAUGGAGCUGUGGUCAAACUUUAGAAAUUUAUUACACAGAAUAUAAAUUUUCCUCCCCCCUAAUUGUGAUGUUGACAUGUAGUUACUAUAAGACUGGUUUGUGCUCAAGUCCUCUUUUUUCUGUACAGCUCCAUUUUUAAAAGUUAUUUGGGGGUUCAUAUUUUCUAUGAUUGACACCUGAUACAGCCUAUGGGCGAACGAAGAUUGCGUAGCUCACCUGGGGGAUACGCUGUUUGAGCCAAGCGUCAUCACAGCGACACUCCCGCCGAAUGCGCACAACGCUACUGUGCAAUGUUGGUUCCAGGAAGUGGAGAAAAAAAUGCAGAAUUACCAAGAACUUUUCAGCUUUAAAUCCAUAUACUGACAGAAGGCGGAACCAAGUUGUCCAUAGUAUAUACAGUUUAGGGUUCAACCACAUUUCUCCCUUUAAGAUGUCUGACCAAAAAGAAGAAAAAAAACUGCAAAAUAAGAGUCUUAAAGCUCCUGUGAGGAAGUUUUGUUUAAGGUCAAUUUUGGCUCCCCAUGUGCACUGAGCAGUCUUUGCUUAUCUUGUCUUCUACAUGCUUAAGUAGUAUCUGUUGAUGUCAGCUCCCAUCCUGUUGGUUGAAUGCGUAGUUUAAUGUGAAUAUACGAUGUGGAAAUUAAAAACAGGACUUUUCAGCUGACACCUACCCCCUAGUGCUGAUUUCAGCCAUUAAAAAAGACAGUUUACAACCUGUCAGUUUUCUGUUUAAUAUAAAAAGGCAUGAAUAUGAAUUUCAGUCUAUUUCAUAAACAUCAAAAAACUCCUCAUAGGAGCUUUAAGUAAAAAAAAAAAAAAAUGCUUGAAUAUAUUACUUUGCUUUCAGCUCCCAAAGUGCCUGCACCUUUGCUCUGGACAAAACCCAUCUCCAGAAAAUCACCUCAGCACUACCAUCCAGCAUAUUACCAUGGAUUGAUUUCUAUCAAACAUUACCCCUGCAAAUGUGCAUGAGCAUGGGCCAUCAGGCGAGCGUCAUUACUGCCGCUCGUUUACCAGGUAAGAGACGAUCGGAUGUGACAGGGGCGGAAUUAGCUUUGUGUUGGCUCUCAGUCACUCUCAUCCCUAACUGCUGCUGGGUGGGGGAGCAUGAUUAAAAGGAUAUAUAAUUCCACCCUGCACAUUAAAGACCCCUUGGCCCACUUUCCCUCCCACCUUCUCUGUGGAGCACACAAAGGCUGCAGCCUGGGCUGUAGUGCUGUCUUAGAAGCCUCUCUUAUUCCUGCUGUCUUUUCUUCUUCAAGGUGAUUGCUGAUCUGAGAGAUAAAAUGGAUGAAAGCAUUCAGGUGGAAAGCCAAUCAUAUUGAGAAUCCCUGUAUUGCUUUUUCAUUAUAAAGUACCAACAUGAAAUGGAUGUAGCAGCAGGUGUAACUGA